GUUAUGUACAAAACAUUGAAUCCUCAAUGGAACCAGACCUUAGAGUUCACUGAUGAUGGUAGCCCAUUAGUGCUGCAUGUGAAAGAUCACAAUGCCUUACUACCGACAUCAAGUAUAGGCGAUUGUAUCGUAGAAUACAAGGGAUUGCUUCCAAAUGAGACAGCUGACAAGUGGAUACCUCUCCAAGGGGUGAAGAGGGGGGAGAUCCAUAUCCAAAUAACAAGAAAGGUGCCAGAACUACAGAAGAAAUCCAGUUUGGAUUCCAAUAGUUCAGUUUUAAGCAAAGCAAAUCAAAUUUCUGUGCAGAUGAGACAAAUAUUAACCAAGUUUCAAAUCCAACUCAAGGAUGGGGAUCUUGAAGGCUUGUCACUGAUUUUGAAUGACAUAGAAAGUUUAGAAGAUGCCCAGGAGGAUUACAUGUUACAACUCGAGACUGAGAAGUUACUAAUGCUGGAGAAGAUAAACAUGCUUGGUGAGGAGAUCAAAACUUCUCCUUCCCAUAGUAGGAAAUAUGUUAAUUGAGUGUUUGCUUGGUAUGGAAUAUUUAAUAGCUAUUUGUAUCCUAUGAUGUAGAUUUGAUAACGGAUAGCAUGAUUGGCCAUGAUAGGCAUUGGAAUAUAUGCCGUAAUUUUAUGUUGGAGGAAGAGCUGGUGUUAGAAUUUAGGAGAGAGAGAAUUACACUAGUUUAUACUUUUUAUGCCCAGAAUAAUCAACCAUAUGGUAUUUGGAUCUUGAACAUUAAUGGAAGAGAGAGAGAGAGAGAGUUGCCUCCUUGAGA